UGUUUGCCUUGCGUAACAGUGGUACUUAACAGGGUAUAUAAGGGAACACUCCGAGUAGGUAAAUAUGUGACUAGCUCGCAAAAUGGCAACUGGAAAGGACACAUUGCUGCUCCCGUGGAUUCUCACCAUUGGGGUCAUAGCACUCGUAGCUACUGGACAAAAAGCAGAGCAUCCAGAAGUGGUGACUAAAUAUGGGAGAGUCCGAGGAUACCAAUUCAAAGUAGACGCAGCUGGGAGGAGUAUAAAUAUCUUUCUGGGACUUCCUUUUGCCAAGCCUCCAGUUGGACCACUGAGGUUUUCUGAACCCCAGCCACCUGAGUCAUGGAAAGGUGUGAGAGAUGCCACUUCCUACCCACCAAUGUGUCUGCAGGAUAAAGCACUAGGACAGUUUUUUUCGGAUUAUGUCACUAAUAGAAAUGAAAAAUUUCUUCUCCAAAUGUCUGAAGAUUGCUUAUACCUAAAUGUGUAUACACCCACUUCCUCGGAAAAACAGGAGAAGCUGCCUGUCUUUGUAUGGAUCCAUGGAGGUGGAUUAUUUUUUGGAGCAGCUUCACCGUAUGAUGGUUCAGCAUUAGCAGCAUUUGACAAUGUAGUGGUUGUAACAAUUCAGUACAGAUUAGGAAUUGUUGGAUAUUUGAGCACUGGUGAUAAGCAUGCCCGAGGUAACUGGGGGUAUCUGGAUCAAGUUGCAGCUCUUCGGUGGAUUCAAGAAAAUAUCAUACAUUUUGGAGGAGAUCCAGGAUCUGUUACUAUAGCUGGAGAAUCUGCAGGAGGCAUCAGCGUUUCUGCUCUUGUCUUAUCUCCCCUGGCAAAGGGCUUGUUCCAUAAGGCCAUUUCAGAGAGCGGCACUGCAGCUGGGGCCUUGUUCACUGACCAGCCUGAGCAGGAGGCACAAAGAAUUGCUGCUGCCUCUGGCUGUGAAAAGACCAGUUCUGCUGCAAUAGUUGAAUGCUUAAAAGGAAAAACAGAAGGAGAAAUAGUAGAGAUAACACAAAAAAUGACUCCUCUGUUCAUCAGUUCAACUGUGGAUGGUGUAUUUUUUCCAAAGAGUCCCAGGCAGUUACUGUCUGAAAAAGCCAUCAAUGCAGUCCCAUACAUAAUAGGAGUAAAUAACUGUGAAUUUGGCUGGGUGAUUCCUAUGAUAAUGAAAUUUCCUGCUUACACAGAUGGUUUGGAUGAAGAUGUUGCACGUCAAGCUUUACAGAGCUCCUUAGCAUUAACAAUUAAGGAUGUUACUUCUGACAUUGUUGAUCAAAUAUAUAAUGAAUACGUAGGGAAUGCAGCAAACCGUGCUCAGGUGCGAGAUGGCGUUCUUGAUGCAGUGGGAGACUCUCUGCUUGUUCUUUCAGCCAUUGAAGUGGCCAAAUACCACAGAGAUGCUGGCAACCCAGUCUACUUUUAUGAAUUUCAGCAUCGACCGAGUUGGGCAGCAGGUGUUGUACCAGAGUUCGUAAAAGCAGAUCACGCAGAUGAGAUUGCCUUUGUCUUUGGAAAGCCAUUCUUAGCCGGACAUGCUACACAAGAUGAAAAUAAACUUAGCAGAACUGUUAUGAGAUACUGGACUAACUUUGCUAGAAAUGGAAAUCCCAACGGAGAAGACUUGGUCCAUUGGCCUCAGUAUGAUCUGGAUGAAAGAUACCUGGAAAUAGACCUAGUGCAAAAGGCAGCAAAGAAACUGAAAGAACAGAAAGUGGAGUUUUGGACAAAGCUCUUAAACCCAAUGGUGAAAGAAAAGCGAGAACGCACAGAUUUAUAGGAGUUGUGAAGGGUAUGGUUUGCUUUUAAAACCCGAAGUCAAACAAAAACAGUUUGUCAGGAUGCAGAGUUUAUUAAUCACCUUCUAACUCACUGUUAAGUAAUCUGUUGCCAUGAGCACAGUGCAAGGGGAGAAUCAAGGGAAACUUGGAAUGUUUGUGGGACUAAAUAUCACUAUUUAAUGGAGCAAGCAGAAAGAAACUUGCAAUCUUUCAGGCUCAAAGAGGCCAUGACAUCUACACUGUAGAUCUCAAAACUGAAUAACGAUCCUGUAAGAAAGGGGAAGAUGGGGAAAUUGGCAAUUAUUUUGAAAUCUGUUGGAAAUUAUCUAUACAGAAUAUAUCAUAAGUGUCAGAAUAUGUUAUGUACUCAUUCCCCUCUUCUUUCAGAAGAGAAUGGCCAGUUGUCCUUACAGCCUCUUCCCAUUUUCUGUAGUUGGAAAUGGCUUGUAGGGAGCAAAGCAUCCAUCAAAAAACAUCUAUGAGAUGAGCUUGACAUCUCACAAAUGAAGACAGAAAAUCUCUACUUGUUUUCUUGUUUUGUAAACUGUUAUAAAUAAAUGUUGCUUUUGAUUUUUGGAA